AUGGUGUGUCGGCAUUGUCCGCGGCCCCCCUGGCGUCCUGCCCCCCUUGCCUUCCUCUUUCCGCCGCUCUUGCUCUCCCUCGCCCUCGCCGCCGCCCACAGGUCAACUAUUAGCACUCCUCCGCCGCCCACUUCCCUUCACUACCACAGCGCCAUCACGCCGACCGACACACACGCCCACCGAAACGAUCACCAUCAACGCAACGGUGCCAUCAACGCGGACUGGAUGGUGCCACAGCACAGCGGAAACGAGAGCCAGUGCGCGGCGGCGACAAAUUUCGAGAUAGAAAAGGUUCCGGAGGAGAAAGUCGAGGCGAAGUGCCAAACGUGCCCUCGUGAAAACGAAACUUGUGACUCGUGCCGCAGUCUGGUCAAGGCUGUUUGUUACAGUAAAGAGCCAGAGGAACGUGAACAGCUCCUCCGCCGCGUUACUCUGAGGUAUUGUCCUCAUCUGGUCCUGCAGUCCGUCAUGUGCCCGCUUGACAGAAAGAGUGUGAUCAAUUCUCAUAACUGCAGCAGUGUUUUGCGACACCUGCAGGAGCGAGACGAGCAGGUAGCCAGAAUCCUGCAGCAACAUAGGUCUAUCGUGCACAACUGCGAGCGAUUCUCCUCCAUCAGAGAAAGUUGCACCGAAUGCGAGGAGGCGUACAAGUACUGGGUGUGUUCGCAACUCUUCCCAUAUUACGACAACGGCAGACAUAUCAAGCCUUGUCGCCGAUUCUGCCACGAGGUGGAGCAGAAGUGCCCUUACCUCCUACCCAAGGAUAAACCUGUUGCUGGAGAACCUACUUUCCUAUGUGAAGAUCCCGCUAUCGGUGAGCUGGAGAACCAGGAGUCGUCUUACGGCAAGGAUUCGUGUUGUUACAAGUUGUCCACGCAUCCCCCGCCCAUGUGCAGCUUCAACGAGAGCCCAGCGGAGCACCAAACCCCCGUCCUCUGCUCCACUUGCCCCACCACUUCCGGCACCCAUGAGCGCCCAUCUGAUAACCAGUGUCUUUCAGCCAAUGGCGCGGACCCUAGUUUACUUCAGUCUCACUCUAGCACAGCUGCUCCCUCAAGCAGUGGCAGCUGUUCAGUUAUAUCUAGAAAACAUUGUUGGACUCGUACAGCGUUAUCUAUAUUGUUGUUAUGUCUAGUGCGAACUCGUGUGUGGCUGCCUCGGGGAUUUACCUAGUGACUAGCGUCCAUGUCAUGUGUUGUUCAGAGGCCGUGCGAGGCGAGCAUGCCUGCACAGUUGUUACCGUUGAACUCAUGUUCCCUUCUGUGCGCCAGUGUACCUCGGUGUCCCUUUCUCUAUACCUUUACACCGCUCCGAGUACAUAAAUUGUCCCCACACUUCCCUUUACCGACCCACACUCCAUACCGGCCAAAAAUCCUUUAUCAUAUGUCUCUUUUACCAGUUCAUACAAAAGUAUGAGAGCCAUUUCCCUCUUCCAUUCCUUCCGCUCUCUUCGCCUGGGCCCUGUGUAAAGCCCGGUCCAAGUCAUUUCAUCCCUUUUAAAAUCUGUUCUUGGUACUGGCCUUUGUCAUUCACUUUGGUAUUGUUAGGAACAAGUGCAUUUCCAUGGUCGGUCGGUGAUGAAAUCUUUCGAUGAUUUAAUACUUUGGAGAAUGAACGCUCACAUUUCCAAUUCUUUGAUCUUGAUAUCGUUACUGCUCUUCCUUUUGUUGGCCGGCACUGAAUCAAGUUUAAAGUACUCUUGUACAUUCACACUCAGUGGCUUGCACUCUACCUUAAGUUCCGUAGAACAGUUAUGUAGUCUGUAAUCAAACACUCAAAUAUUUUUACAAGAUUUCGAUGCAAAGUUACCCGAAUGUUUAUUUGUCACAUCCCGUAUAUGAACAUUUGAUUAUUUGUAAAUAGACCAUUUGUCUCCGAUCUGAAAUCAAUCGUCCCAUUCACUCGAUUUCCUUUUACUUUGUCUCCGAACGCUUUGCAACCGGUCUUUUAUAUUUAUAUAUAUGUCUUCUUCUUCCUCUUCUUCUUCUUCUUCUUCUCUUUUCUUUUCUUAUUAUCUCUCAUCGAUCACCCGCGAUUCAUAAUAGCUCAGAUCUAAUAGAAAAAUAAUAAUUGUCGAAAUUAUGUAGUUCUUUUUACUCUCUAUCGAUUUGUUCUAUCUUUGCCUACAUUCCACUCGUUUUCUUUCUAUAAGUCAUUUCCUGUCUGGUUUCCCGAUAUAAAGGUAAAGAGGUCAUCUUUGUUCGCCAGCAGUUAGCUCCUUCUUCUUCCCCGGCCCCCACUCCCUCUCGAGGCCGCCUCCUCCCAAAGGUCCUCCUCCACUUCCUACAUAGAGGCCUUCUUCAUCCUCCAUCCCCACGCCCCCUCACCCUCUUUUUCUUCCCUAUGAGAGCACUCACAAAGGGGCCGGGACUGGGUAUACACUUAACCGUGAAUACUUUAUGAUGAAUAAGACAAGCAUGAAUAACGUGAUGAGUAAUGAAGUGCGCCCAGCCCACAGUCGCGAAGAAGACGAGGAAGAGAGCCAGGGGAAGUAUCCAAC